UUCUCUGAAAAGGUAGCAGUAGCAGCAGAUCGAUUGAAGAAUGGGAAGGUGAGAUGUGGGUAGGUUCGGAAAGAACUGCAUGUCCGGAAAACAAAGAAAGUCUGUUCUUGAGGUGCUGCCAGUAACCUCCCUGGUCGCCUCAACGUAAAUAUUGCAAUAAAACUUGCGUAUACAUUGUCUGAGCUCUAAGCGGGUUUGCUGGUCUUUCCAGAGUGCAGGAAUUUAGGAACAAGGAAAGGCGGACGAAAAGAGCGUUUCUCUACGUGAAGGGUUUCAACAUAUAUUUCUACCUCAGAAACCAGUAGCUUCGAAGUUUCCUUCCAACUCGUCUGGACUGCUGCUCGGCUAAGUCGCACAUAUGGAACUCCAUUUUCGUGUUUUGAAAGAGCCCCUGGGGUUUAUUCGAAUCAUCCAAAUAGUAAUGGCGAUUCUUGCCUUUGCUUCAACAGCUGGAUUCAGUUCCAAGUCUUCAUUACGUGUGCAGUGCAUGACAACCGAAAGAGAAAACAUCGUUGAUUAUGAGUUUGGUUACCCGUUCCGGCUGCGUUAUACCAGCUUUGUUGUACCAAAGUGCGACGGGACUUAUAACACCACCACGGAGAAGAUUCCCUACGACUUCUCAAGUAGUGCGGAAUUUUUUGUCGCUGCUGGUAUUCUGGCCUUCCUAUAUUCCAUAGGAAUCACUCUGUUUUACAUUAUUUGUCACGAAAAGUAUAUAAAUGACCAAGUGGUGCCAAUUACCGAUCUUGGAGUUACUGGUAUUCUAACUAUCUUCUGGCUAGCUGGCUCAAGUGCCUAUUCCCAAGGAGUUAGUGACAUGAAGUAUUAUACAGAUCCCAACAUCUUGAUUAAGAACUUUGAAGUUUGUGGCACUUUGGCGAUAUGUGAUGCUAUUUCAUAUGGAAACUUUGCAACCUUAAACGUGUCAUUGAUUUCUGGUUUUGCAAACUGCCUGUUGUGGGCUUCUAGUUUAUGGUUCGUCUACAAGGAGACAAUUUUUCACUACCAGCGGCAGGAACAACUGAAGCAGAUGCCUCCACAACAUCCCCAAAGUUAUCCUGAACCCCAAUCUCCAGCCAUGGACUCGCAGUUCCAGUAUUAAAGACGAGCUCCUAGUGAACUACGUGUACUUGCUGCUAAACAUGAAUUUUUCCUUAGCACAAUAAUGCAAAAAGGUGGGUGGUUUACCCCAUCCAUUUGGCCAAACUAUAUUGGCGAAUCCCUAUACAUCCUUUUGCCCCUUACAGCUCAAGCUUGCAAAAAACUGGAACUGAACUUGUAAACGUAAUGAAUAGUGUUAACCGUUGUUUAUAAAUAAAUAGGCUUGAUAUGUGCAUAUAUUCUUUACAGAGUACAGACAGUUAUUAAACUUUUUACGACUGAUGACAUUAGACAUUAUUUUUUACUGAAAUAAUAAUUGAAAUAUUUCUUUCGUUUUUCUAAUUGAAAGUACAACACAAUAAGAACAACAGUCUUUAUUCCAGUGUGUUUUCGAAUGAGUUAUUUAUAAAGAUUUGCAACAGAAAACUCAAAUAAGAAGGAAAUUUAUGUGGAUAUUCUAACGCUUUUAAACCACACCGUUUACCCCUGUAAAUGUCGUUUCUCAACUGUACUCCUAUCGAUUAAUUUAUAUUUUUCUCAUCAAGAUACAAAUGUGAACUACACAGAAACCGCUGUAUAUUCGAUCGUUAGUCUAACAUACACAGGCAAAGACAGCUGCUACAGAAUUCAGAAGCUGUGUAGCUUUCAAAAAUAAAAAUUAUGUGGUAACUUCACGAAGCUACCUUGUUGA